GAAAAGCAACCAUUUAAUGAGCCAGCGGGAUAAAUGACUUUUAUAUUUUUAAGCGCCGCGGCUAGAUUUCCCCCCGGUGGCGCUUAAAAUAUUUAAUUAAAAAAAAUUGAAGUCAUCCGUCCUGACAGCUCAUGAAAUGGUUGCGUGAGGCGAGGAACGUGACGGGUUGAGCGAGCGAGCGAGCGGGCCGGGCCUUCCUGUGAGCGGAAGCCGACGGUGCCGUGGGCCCGGCUCCCUUCUUCCCCGCUCACUCCCUCACGUUCCCUCCUUCCCCACUGCUCCGUCUGCCGCCAUGCGGGUGAAGGUGAAGCGCUGGAACGCCAUCGCCACUUGGUUCUGGGUGGCGAACGACGAGAACUGUGGCAUUUGCCGGACGGCGUUUAAUGGCUGCUGCCCAGACUGUAAAGUUCCAGGAGAUGACUGCCCAUUGGUUUGGGGCCAGUGCUCCCAUUGUUUCCACAUGCACUGCAUUCUGAAAUGGCUGAAUUCUCAGCAGGUACAGCAACAUUGUCCGAUGUGUCGACAAGAAUGGAAGUUUAAGGAAUGAUGAGAAGAAUCCGACAGGAUCAUUCAAAAUUGUUGAUUCUCAACAAAAAUAUGAAAGUAAUUAUGAACUAAAUAUGUUACCAGGAUUAAAGCAUGUCUGAUAUGUAACAUAAUGUAAAUAUCACUUCAAAUAUGGUGGAAGUUCGAAUAACUAAUGUGUAUUAGUUGGAAAGACAGAUAAACAGCCAGGUUACAGUUUUGCAUAAAAGACCAAUAUGACAUCUUGAUUACUACCUCGUGAAGUAAAAUUUUGUCCCAUCUG